CUCGAACUUUUAGUUCUAGAGCUGAGCUUUCCGACUACCGCCACUUGCGCCACAAGCUUCACCUCAGCGCCUGCACUCUCGCUGCCAACAGCACAAACAUUGAUGGGGCAGGAGUCAAGUCAGGUCCAAAGAAUAGAAGAGGACUCUUCAAGCAUGGACGGCAAUUCGAGCACCCGCGGCGGGGUUGAGGGCGACUAUCCUCUUCCCGCCCUUCCACCGAGUCGCGAGGCGCGUGAGGAGACGAUCAAUAGCUCAGCGCAACGAAAGUGGAAGAUGAGCAAUGGAAUAUCAGAGGAUGGCGCCGCGGAUCGAAGCGAUAGCGCGCGACGCGCCGACAAGAAACUCAAAAAAAUGAAGAAGAAGAAAGACAAGGCCGGGAAUGGGGGGAAUAGUGAAGGGAAAGAUAACGAUCCCACAUCGUCCGUGAAACAGAAGAGGAAGAAGAAUCGAAUGAGCGACGGAGUUGCGCGACAAUCUCUUGGGGGGGCUUCGUCGCAGUCUGCGCCAUUGCGCUCAGCUGCGUCGGUUCUACUGCCACGUUCAGAUGCUGUGGAUAGAGUGCCUGAAUCUUCACACCCAACAGCAGAUGCGCCUUCGAGCUCUACGGCAUCGAAAAAGAAGAAGAACAAGUCAAAGAACAAGCGUAACAGUAUACAGGCAGUCGCCGCUGCAGUUGGGGGUGACGGUGGUGGCAGCAGCACUGGUCCCAAAGCGGCCGAUGCUGAGCCCCUUGCGAAGGACAAUGUUCCUGAACCAGCUCCUACGAGCUCUUGGGCAGCAGUUAAUGUGCCGUCCAGUGCCACUAAAACUGGAAAGACCCACGACGAUGUCAACAUGGCAAAUGGGCAAAGCAAUCACAAGCAGGCGGAGGAGCCAACUGCGGGGGAAACCGAAUCAAACUCUCCCGAGAAACAAACGGAUGCCAGUGCUACCAAACCUAAGAGCUCGCAAAUCCACCCCAUCGAGGAAAUGGAUCUUGAUCCAACUCAAUCUCAGAACACGCCUGCAGACCCCGUCGAAGAUCCAAUGGACCUGGUCGUAGCCGAACCUCAGAAUGCGAAGGCCGGCCCUGCCGACAAUUCCGGAGACAGUCGAGAAAUACUGGAGGUCGCCAAUAAAGAGGUGCCGCAAAUCGGUGUUUAUGCUGGCGGUGAAGAACCAACCAGCACGACUCGCAGACGUAAACGCCGUCUCCCUGUCGACGACGAUCCUAUCGAGACGCCUUCUAAGAGAUCUAAGAAGUCACUCAAAGCCAAAUCUCCAGUAACGAAGGGCCAGAAGACAAAAGCCGCACCAAAAUCACCUGCGAGCUCCGCGGCAGCUCCUCGAACUCCGACACGCGCAGCUGCCGCAGCUGAUGGCAAGCCAGCCCCCAGGAUGACUGAUGACGACCUCGCCGUUAUCAAGAACCAACUUCUCAAGUACCGCGAGAUGAACGACAUCAACGAACUAGAGCAGAACCGCUUAAUCCAUGGCAAGGCCACCGACAGCCGCAACCUGUUCAACAUGGUCUGCGAGGAAUUCCCAGACCGGGAUCGUUGGUCUUUGAUCAAGUUCUGCCGCCGGAAAUUCCACAACUUCACGGCGCGCGGGAAGUGGUCGGCGGAGGACGAUGAGGAUCUCAGGGAGGCGCAUAGGCAGAUGCCGAAUCGCUGGACGCAGAUUGGCCAAAGGCUCAACAGACAUCCAGAGGACUGUCGUGAUCGCUGGAGGAACUACCUUAUUUGCGGUGAUAACAUGAUUACUGUAUACUGGGACGACGACGAGGUGCAGCAACUACGUGAUGCAGUCGCAGCUUGCGUGUCACACCUUCGGGAGAUGAGGCAGCUGGGCGUGAUAGAGUCUAGCCCCAACGACGAUGAAGCGGAUGACAUCGAGCUCGUGGAUUGGCAACAGGUCAGCGAGAAGAUGGGCCGCACGAGGAGUCGCCUGCAGUGUCGCCAGAAAUGGAGGCGGAUGCAUGAGAGCGAUGAUAAGUUUGACACCACGCCGCGCAAGGUGGCUCCGAACUGGCGCGACAAGCUCGCUCGCAAGGAGACGCAGCAGAUGGACUUGGAUGAUAAGUUGGUCAUUCUGCGCAGUAUCAAGGAGUCGCAGGUGCAAAGGGAGGGGAAGAUCAAUUGGAAGACGGUUGGCGACGAGGAAUUCCAAGGGCGCUUUGCUGUCAGAACACUCAAGUUGGCGCUUACGACGCUCAAGAGUACGGUUCCAGAUGCACAAUCCCAUAAGCUGCAAGAAAUUGUUGAGAUACUCUUGGAGAAGCUGGGAUCUGCAAACGGCCGGGACCCUACCGCGAAAUCGUUCAGGGAAUCUACAGGAACUAAAAAUACGAAGAAUAAGUAUAUCAGCGCGGAAACUAUCAACUCCGAAGAUGACGAAGAAUCCGACGGCGACGCUAGAGAACAAAUAAGGCAGGGGUUGCCAAAACUGAAGGACACAAACCGCUCGCCGAAGAAGCUCAGCGAUCGUAUGGCGCGUAGGUCCGAGAGCGUGGAUUCGGUUGGCAAUGCUAUCCCUUCUGGUGGGCCGGAGGUACCGGAGAGCGAGUAUGAUGAACCGGCUGCGCCGAAGACGAAUGGGGCUCAUAAAUCUACGAAGGCGGGCUCGGACUCGGAUUCUGAUGACUCGGAUUUGGAUGAAGAGAUACCUGCGAGACGGGCUUCGAUUUCACUCUGAUCGGUAUCGACUGCGUUGUCCGCCUCUCACUCUAUAAAUCCGAAUACUCGGAUAGUUGUCUCCAUCUUCCAUUAUUGUACGACGGCAGGCAAUUUUGGGUGUGAGGAACGAGUAUUGGAGUGGAGUGUAUGAUUUCAUGUCUUGUAUUUACUUUUCGCUAAACUGCUCUGCUGGAGUGGUAUGUUUGUGGGCGUCUCUGGGGUUAUGACACUUCAUGUUGAUUCAUUCGGUAUGGGGAAGGAGAGACCCAAACUCGGGUUCAGGUGUUGGGGGUUAGGUGCAGAGAUAGAUUAUUCAGUGACGAUAUCCAAGAUUUCAAGACAAAUCAUCUAGCUGUGAGAUGUGCUAUAUUUGCUAUUGUUUGUUGGCUUUGAACCUACCUCGCUUUUGAACGAAGAUAUCCAAAAU